ACAAAUUCUUUUGCUUUCUUCUCUUCAUCUUAUUAGGGUUUCUCUCUUCUUUUCUCCUGUUUUAUUUCUUUCUCACUAAUAAUCUUUAACUUUAUUUCAGUAAAGUUCUAUUCUUUAAUUUUUAUAGGCAUUAAAUUAGUGAUUUUUGGUGUAAUUUUGAAGCUGAAUCCAGAAGAUACUGAUCAGAAAAUUAGUUGCUUUGAUUCUUUGAGUAUCACAAUGGUUUGGUUAUCUAUUUGCUUAAGUGCAGUGAUGAAUUGAUUAAUGGCGCUUAAACGUCCUGCUCCGGAGGCAGCUGAGAUUGCAAUUGGCUCCAUUGGCCGUGGAUACGAUAUAACAUCAGAUUUGAGGUUGAAAUUCUGUAAAGGGGAAGGGAAAAAAUCACAGCUAAUUGAGAUUGAUGAAUGUGGGGGCAGAGAGAUUGUUUUGCCUGGUGGGAUUUCGAUCCCUAAUGUUUCUAAAUCAAUAAAGUGUGAUAAAGGGGAGCGAACAAGGUUUAGGUCCGAUGUCCUAUCAUUUCAGCAGAUGUCGGAGCAAUUCAACCAGGAAAUGUCAUUGACUGGAAAAAUACCUUCUGGUCUUUUCAAUUCGAUGUUUGAUUUCUCAAAUUGCUGGCAGAAAGAUGCAGCAAGCACAAAAACCCUUGCUUUUGAUGGAAUAUUCAUUACACUAUAUACAGUUGCAUUAGAAAAAUCUCAAAUGGUUCUACGUGAUCAUGUAAGAAAGGCCGUCCCUUCAUCAUGGGAACCUGCGGCAUUAGCAAAGUUUAUUGAAACAUUUGGCACUCAUAUUAUUGUUGGUUUAAAGAUGGGUGGGAAGGAUGUCAUUUAUAUGAAGCAGCAGCAUUCAUCGAUUAUUCCGCCUGCCGAUAUUCAGAAGAGACUGAAAGAGAUGGCUGAUAAAAGGUUUUUAGAUACUAGUAGCCAGUAUAGCAUGGGUUCUGACCAAGUUUUCCAAAAUAACAAGUUGGAUAUCAGGGAGCACCGGCUGAGAUUUGUUGAUACCAGUCCCUCAGGUUCUUAUACACACAAGGAGGAUAUUGUGAGAAAUUACAAAAGGAGAGGUGGAAAUGAUAAUAAACUUUUAUCCCAUAGUGAGUGGUUACAGACUGUUCAAUUUGAGCCUGAUGUUAUCUCAAUGUCUUUCAUUCCCAUUACUUCCCUAUUGAAUGGAGUCCCGGGGAGUGGAUUCUUGAGUCAUGCCAUAAAUCUAUACUUACGAUAUAAACCCCCCAUUGAAGAGCUACACCAGUUUCUGGAAUUUCAGUUACCAAGGCAGUGGGCUCCAGUGUUCAGUGACCUUCCCCUUGGCCCACAGCGGAAACAACAAAGUACAGUGUCUUUACAGUUUAGUCUUAUGGGACCUAAGCUUUUUGUGAAUACUAUGCCGGUUGAUGUUGGUAAUAGACCGGUGACCGGCCUUCGGCUCUAUUUAGAAGGUAAAAGAAGCAACCGCUUAGCCAUACACUUGCAACACCUCUCAUCUCUUCCAAAAGUCUUCCAACUUGCAGAUGAUCCAAAUGGUAACUUCCGCCAGGAAUCCUAUGAUCGCAAAUACUACGAGAAAAUUCAAUGGAAGAAUUUCUCUCAUGUUUGUACUGCUCCUGUUGAGUCCGAUGAGGAACUUUCCAUAGUAACCGGAGCUCAGUUACAAGUUGAGAAUUCCGGGUUCAAAAACAUUCUGUUUUUACGGCUGCGAUUCUCAACUGUGACAGGAGCAACAGUUGUAAAGCAUCCAGAGUGGGACGGAUCGCCAGGAUUGGCACAGAAAUCUGGCCUCAUUUCAACAUUAAUCAGCCACCACUUUACAUCAGUUCAGAAACCACCUCCGAGAGCAGCCGAUGUAAAUAUAAAUUCAGCCGUCUACCCCGGGGGUCCUCCGGUGCCUGUUCAAGUCCCUAAGCUUCUGAAAUUUGUUGACACAACAGAGAUGGCAAGAGGGCCCCAAGAAUCUCCUGGAUAUUGGGUUGUAUCCGGGGCAAGAUUAGUCGUUGAGAAAGGCAGGAUUUCUCUUCGGGUUAAAUACUCAUUAUUAACUAUUAUAUUACCCGAUGACGAUUUGGAACCAGAUCUCUAGACACUAGCUUACCUUUUAUUAGUCCCACAUGCCCGUGGCCAGAAGAGAAAAUAGGCUGUGAUUCCGGGAAGUCGCGUAGAUUAUGGAAGUGGUUGACAAAUUGUUGUAACAUUUGUGAUGCUCUUUGAUAUGUUCUCUUGUAAUGUAAUUUUGCUUCUGUUGUAGAUUCUUCAAGUUGGGCCCUCAACUGAUUACAUAGCUUUACUGUAUGAAAAUUCUCCAGUUUUAUUUA